AUGCGUCCCAUCAUAGAAAAACUUCGAACUGAUACUCGAACUGAUGCUACAAAACUAACAUUAGUUUGUGAUCAACUUCGUGCAAGAGUCAGCAAGAUGGACCAACAGCUGCAGGACCAGAAUCGUUUUAUUCGUGCUUUCAUGAGCCAUGGUCGUCCCAUGAGCGAUCGUUGUAUGAACGAUUCGUCCAGUGAUUGUGAAAUUAUGGCUCGCAGUGAAGAUGCUAAUGCUCUGAAAAAAAUAGGAAGGUUUACAGAACCCUCCGAAAAGGUUCUGUAG